CGCCCUUCAGGUUCAGGCUUCAAAGACUAGUCAUCAAGUGUAAAAUAAAAUAAAAUAUUAGGGUUCCUACCGCCGCGGGCCCUCCGCCGCGCAGCGCCGCCAUCACUGCCGUCUCUCUGCCGCGGAGCGCCUAGCCGGCCGAAUCCUCCGCUGCCCCGCCGCCCCGCCGCCGGUACAGCAGACGAGCAUCGCCUCCCUCCGUCGAGCAGCCGCUCCCACCAGCAGCGCCUCCCUCCCUGGAGCAGCCGCUCCCGCCCAGCAACGCCGCCACCGCCCGGAGCUACGCGGGCGACCAGUCCAUAGGCAGAUUUCCGCUCUUUGGUUGGCAAUGGUCCGAAUGGAGGUCAAACUAGCAUUCCCCCAGGACAGACCGCCACUUUCCAUCAUUUCGGCUGCUAAGAUUGCAGGUGUUUCCGUAAUCAUUGAUCCGACCCUUGCGUCAGGUUCAGUGCCCACACUACACUUCAGUUCUGGGAAUUUUAUACAUGGUGUCAACACAAUUCUCCGGUACAUUGCACGUGCUGCAUCUGUUUCCAGCUUCUAUGGCCAGGACGAUAUUCAGGCAGCACAAAUUGACCAAUGGCUCGAGUACGCACCACUCAUUCUCUCAGGCUCUGAAUUUGAAGCUGCGUGCUCAUUUCUUGAUGGAUACUUGGCAACUCGAACCUUUUUGGUUGGUUAUGGCCUAUCAAUUGCUGACAUUGUCGUGUGGUCAAAUCUGACAGGAACUGGUCAACGAUGGGAAAGUCUAAGGAGGUCAAAGAAAUAUCAAAGCCUUGUGCGCUGGUUUAACAGUGUAGCUGCAGGCUAUGGAGAUGCACUGGAUGAAGUUACAUCUGCUUAUGUUGGCAAGCGAGGAAUUGGCAAAUCUCCUGCGCCAAGUUUGAAAGAAAAGAUGCCCGGUUUGAAGGAGAACACGUCAGGUCAUGAAAUAGAUCUCCCAGGUGCAAAAGUUGGGGAGGUUUGUGUUCGUUUUGCCCCAGAGCCUAGUGGGUAUCUCCACAUUGGUCAUGCAAAGGCUGCACUGUUGAACAAGUAUUUUGCAGAGAGAUAUAAAGGGCGUCUAAUAGUUCGAUUUGAUGACACAAAUCCUUCUAAGGAAAGCAAUGAAUUUGUGGAGAAUGUCCUGAAAGAUAUUGAGACACUUGGGGUUAAAUACGAUGUAGUUACAUACACAUCGGAUUAUUUCCCAAAGCUAAUGGAAAUGGCUGAAAGUUUGAUUAAACAGGGAAAGGCAUAUAUUGAUGAUACACCCAAGGAGCAAAUGAGGAGUGAAAGGAUGGAUGGUGUGGAAUCUAAACGUAGGAACAGUACUGUUGAGGAGAACUUGUCGUUGUGGAAAGAGAUGGUUAAUGGCACCAGAAGGGGUACUCAGUGCUGUGUACGUGGUAAACUUGACAUGCAGGACCCAAACAAAUCACUUCGAGAUCCUGUGUACUACCGUUGCAACCCUGAUCCCCAUCAUCGUGUGGGCUCAAAAUACAAGGUCUAUCCAACAUAUGACUUUGCUUGUCCAUUUGUUGAUGCACUGGAAGGAGUCACUCAUGCUCUUCGUUCAAGUGAAUACCAUGAUCGGAAUGCACAGUACUAUCGUAUCCUUCAAGACAUGGGCCUGCGGAGGGUAGAAAUCUAUGAGUUCAGCAGGCUGAAUAUGGUUUAUACCGUUCUUAGCAAGCGCAAGCUUCUGUGGUUCGUCCAAAACAAGAUGGUGGAGGACUGGACCGACGCACGCUUUCCCACUGUACAAGGCAUAGUGCGUCGUGGCUUGAAGAUUGAAGCACUGAUCCAGUUUAUACUGGAACAGGGUGCUUCAAAAAAUCUGAAUCUUAUGGAGUGGGAUAAACUCUGGACAAUCAACAAGAAGAUAGUUGAUCCAAUUUGUGGAAGGCAUACUGCUGUGCUGAAAGAAAAAUGUGUGCUUCUCACACUUGCUAACGGUCCAGAGGAACCAUUUGUUCGAAUCUUACCACGACACAAGAAAUACGAGGGUGCUGGGAAGAAGGCUACAACGUUCGCCAACAGAAUUUGGCUAGAGUAUGCUGAUGCAUCAGUCAUUAGCGUGGGUGAGGAAGUCACUUUGAUGGACUGGGGAAAUGCUAUCAUUAGAGAAAUCAAGACAGAUAAUGGAACAAUCACUCAACUAGUUGGUGAACUCCAUCUUGAAGGGUCAGUGAAGAUGACAAAGCUGAAACUAACAUGGCUAUCAGACAUUGAAGACCUUGUGUCUCUCUCUUUGGUAGAUUUUGACUACCUAAUUAAUAAAAAGAAGGCAAGAAAUCAUGUUCUAAGUUCAUGUUGCUGGAAGAAGACGAGGACUUCCUUGACAAUCUCAACCCUUGCACUCGCCGAGAAGCUUUAGCUCUUGGAGACCCAAACAUGCGGAACGUCAAGAAAGGAGAAGUUAUACAGCUCGAAAGGAAAGGGUACUACAGGUGUGAUGUUCCAUUUGUCCGGUCGUCCAAACCAAUUGUGCUUUUUGCCAUCCCAGAUGGCCGACAGAAGUCCACGUUGAUUGUUACUGGAGCCUAGCUUCUACAAACGAUGUUGCUUGAAUUGCGGUGCCUUUUUGGGCAUUAAUGUUGCAGCCUUAUUGGUAUCAAACUGGUGUUGCAAUGGCUGAAACUUGGAACUUCAGAUUUUGGUUCUUCAGUGUCUCGGACUCGGUUAUUCAGUAUCAGUCAUGUAUUCCUUUUGCAUGUUUGAGUGUAUGCCAACUGCUACCAGGAUCUGUGGAUUGUGGAACAAAUAUCAAGAUAGGAAUUGGCUGAUCGAUUCCGUAUCUGUGGUAAAUACCAUGCCUGAACACUAAAGAAUGUUCCUGUUUAAA